UUCAAGUUUAAUCUAAGAGAUAAUAUUAGCUUUAACUAUUCUAUUAUUAUUAAUAUUUUCUAUAUUUCCGGUAAGCCUAUAUUCUAUAUUAUUAAUAAAACCAAAGUUAAUGGAAUUAAUAAGGAUACCGUAUUUCAAAUAGCUUUUAAGGCUAUUAAUAACUCUAUAGGACCUAAUGGUAUUAUUCUAACCCUUUUAGUUUAUAGUACUUUACCUUAA